UUGUUUUUCGCUUAUUUUUAGUUAAGAUCUUGUCGUUAUGGAGAUUGUGCGUGAUCACGUGACCAAGCAACCUGAAUAGUGUAUAGACAGCAUUGAAUGCGUGUACAAAAAUACAUUAUUUACGUUUUUGUAGAGGAGGGGUGCUAGUUGUAGAUAGUAAAGAUGCACAAAAGUUAUCAGUCGAUAUUGCCGACCCACAACAAGCUCCUACAGAAGCGAUGGGACACAACAUAUUAUGAUGAACACAGGCGAAAGGUGCGAACGGCUGCUCCAAUGGUUGAUACAAAAGCUCCCCCCACUUACAUGCACCUUCACCUGAAACUCAAAAAGCUACAAUUAGAAGAAGAGAGACUAGCAACGAUAGAAAGAGACAACCGAAUCUUACUAGAAAAAAUGUCUUACAUCAUGAGGACUAGAGGCCGUGUAGAUAAUAGGAAUAUGUAUGAAUAUAAAAGUUUAAACAAGGAGAAACGGCAACGUGAGCUUUUACGUGUCACUAAGGAGAACCAGGCCAUUCUACAGAGAGUCACCAUGAGGCAACCAGAAUACAGUGCCAAACGGUGGGCGGAUAUCUGGGACGAGGAGCAGAAGUUCAUCGAUAACAUCAGCCACUACCCCAAAAACUGGUGGCUCAUGAAGAAGGAGAGGACCAAGUCUAAACUUGAUAGUCGAUCUCAGAAAACACGAUCUAGCAAAGACCAGGAGAGACGAGAAGAAAGGGAAGAAGACGAGAGGAAGGAGGAGGAAAAAACAGAACUAAAAGAGAAGAAGCCAGAGAAAAAAGAGGAGAAAAAAGAGGAGAAGACGGAGUUAAAGGAGAAAAAGACUCAGGAGAAGAAGGAGGAACCUAAGAAAUCGACAUCCUCCGAGGAACCGACAGAAUCACCAACAAAAUCCAACGAGGAAACUCAAGACAAAAUCGCCGAAUAAGUAUUCAGAACAAACUAGAAAUAAAUUUACUUGUUCAGAGGAAACCAAAAAACUUGUUCAUCUGACACCUGUAUAUGAAACUGACACCUUUAUAGGGAAAUGUUGUUGACUUUUUUUUUAAUUUGAAAAAAAAGUAAUGAAGAGACUUGUCAAAUUUGGAAAGGAUACUAUUUGUGCACAGACUGCUUGAAGCUGCCAAACUGGUGUCACAAAUCUGAUUAUUGUUUAUUAUCUACUGAGCAGUUUUAUAUUUGAUCACUGAAAAUUGCUGAAAUAAAGAGAAAAGCACAUAUUCAUAUUAUCUCCCCUUGAAGAGUAAUGGCUAUAUAUUUUUUAAAAAAUUAAGUAACUUUUAUUAGAGUAAAUAAUACCUCAUUGACAAGAUGUAUAUUGUGAGUUUUAUUAUGAAUACAAAAGGGUACUGUAGUGUUUCUGAUAAACGUUUGUUAUGAAUCUGUAGGAAGUAUUUACUGUUUUUUUCUGAUAAAUGUUUGUUAUGAAUCUGUAGGGAUUAUUAUUUUUUUCCGUCCAAAUGUUGUUAUAAAUUGAUCAUGACAAUGAAUUCUCUAUGAGAUUUACAAUCACAACAUCCUGUGAUAUGCUGUGAAUUUGAUUCACGUUUUUUUUAUGCCGAAUCUGAUUUUUAUUGAUGAUUUUUUUUUGUUGUUGUUGCUUUGUUUGCUAUUGUCCCUGUGAUCACUCCACCUUGAUUUUUACUGCCUCAUGUGGAGUCUGUUUUACUUGUGUGUUUAACUUAUCCUGGCAAAAUCUUAAUACGCGAGCAAUUGUGGAAAGUUAAUCAAACUAAACUACUUAACAAGAGCCAGGUCAGAAUAGGUUUAGAUAUUGUUCAUUCAUUGUAUGUCAAUUAUGUCUUUAAAUUAAUAGAAUAAUGACUAGGUCUGGAAUUUAAAUUUUGAAAAGAAAAACGUAUACAUAAUGAUUAAAAAUAAUUUUAUGUGUAAUUUUACAAAGAUAAUAUACCUUUAUCUAUUUGAACUAUGGUUGAACGCUAAAGGGAAGUAACUCUUGCAGGGGAAGUAACUGUAUUCUAUCUUGCUAUAAUUUUCCAUUACAUAUCCAUAAUCCUAUUAUUGUAUGAAUCAGUAUUUCAUGUAUGUUACAUGUAAAAAGCUAGAUAGAACUUUAUGUAUCUUGUCUGUUUAUUUGAAAUCUUUUUUUUUACUGAUUGAAUAAACCUAAGUUCAUUA